UCCGUUUGGAUUUGUUUGUUGAUUUGAUUUCUAUUUGUUUUUAUUACGACUUUAAUGUAUUUACAUGAAUAAUAAUAAAUUAAUAUAAUGUUGUGAACUCGUGACAGCUUAAAAUACAAUAGGUUUAAACUUAGUUGUAUAAUUUCUUGACAAACAUGGAUGAUACCCAACAAAGUAAAACGUCUGAAGCAGCGGCUACAAGGAAGAGGCGUUCGUCCAUUUUGAAGAGUCACCGUCCGCCUCGUACUCCCUUCACAGAGCUGGAGUUCAACGUCGCCACGCCUACAGACUCCGCAAAGAGCCGCCGCGUCAGCUUCUCACGGCGUACCGGAGUCGCUGAAUUUGUUACUAACGAAGCGACAACAACAUGGAAAAACUUUUACGAAGAACACAAUAAAUCUUUAGAAUCAUCAGGCAAUGACUCCAAAGCCCACGCACCUCGUCCACCCAUCGGACACAUAGGGAAACGUAUUUUCGAUCAACAAUUCGAAGAGGUGGACGCUGUAGAUUUCCUGACGUCUCUCGACACGCUCACCAAUAAAAAUAUUUCCUCCACAAUUAACAACGCUAAUUUCACAGAACAAUUAUCGUCAUUGGAAAGUUCUGAUAAUAAAUUACCGAUUCCGAAUAAUAAUUUCGAAUUAAGUGCAUUUACAGAGCAUCAUAGCAAGGUAUUUGGUGACGACCUUGUUAUACCCACUAUGGGUGAAAUGUCAGGUAAAAUUGAUGUUAAUUUUUCAACAGUACAAACAAUUGGUGGCGAUGAGAAAGAUGAUUUAGACGAAAUACAAAGAGAUUUACAGAAGAAUAAUAAAAAUAUAAUUGUAGGUCCGCAGUGUUUUAAGGGUGAUAGAGAUAUGUCGGAGUAUAUAGAAGUAGAUUUAAACAUGACGCAUGUCAAUCUGAGGAAUGAAGAGUCUGAUAUGUCAAUUACGGAUACGAUUCGCUGUCCAAAAGUUCAGGACGUAUCAAAAUCUGGUAAUUCGAGCCAGAUUGAUGUCAAGACGAGUUUUAGUAAUAAGGAUUGGCUUUCUGAUAAAGAAAAUAUUGCAAUUAAUCCUUAUAUCACUCCAAAGGAAUCUCUGAAUUUUGCUAUCAAUGAUGAAUCAGAUAAAGUUCUAGUCUUUGAUGGAAAACGACUGACUAUACAAUCGGAUAAAGAAGCGGAUGAUGUUCUGAGUACUAAAGAAAGAAGUAGUCACGGCUCAUCGGAUAAGGCGAAAAGGAAGACAGUGGUCAUUAAUGUAAAUGAUGAUUUGCCAAAUUUCGGAGAUGUAUCCUCUUAUUCAGUUCCUAAAACUAAUGUUAGCCAGUACAGUAUGCUACUUGAUGACGAUGAUUUAUCUCUGACACAGGGCAAUAAUGUUACCACAUCAGAGAAAAGAAAAACUAUUCUUUACGAAGAAAAUGCCGGUAAUAUAUCAGUUACCCAAGUUGUACCCUCGAAUAUUAUAAUAACAGAAAAAAAUAAUUCUGAUAGAAGAAGAACUGUUGUCUAUGAAAAUGAUACUGGAAACAUAUCUAUCACUCAAGCAAUUUCUUCAAAUAUCAUCUUAGCUACUAAAAAAGAAGCUACGAAAAAACGAAGAACAAUUGUUUAUGAAAAUGAUACAGGCAAUAUUUCAAUAACACAGGCUUUGCCGUCAAAUAUUAUGUCACAAUAUGCGCCAGACAAACGAAAAACUAUUAUUUACGAGAAUGAUUUAGGAAAUAUUUCAAUGACUCAAGCAAUUCCUACUAAUAUAUUAGCAAGUAAUAUAGAUAAAAAUAAAACUUUAAAUUAUGAUAAUCUUACAUGUGAUAUUUCUAUGACACAAGGAGUACCCUCAAAUCUUUUAUUGGCCACAAAAGCUGAGGAAAGGCGAAGGACAGUUAUUUUUGAAAGUGAAACCGGUAACAUUUCUGUAACUCAGGCCAUUCCUUCAAAUGUUAUACUGACAAAUAACACUGAGUCAGAAAAAAUGCAAGCUGUAAUGUAUUCCGACGACAUAGCAGAUAUUUCUUUAACACAACCUAUUUCAGACAAGGUUACUUUACCAAAGACUAAAGUAAAUGAGAAAAGAAGAACUGUUAUCUAUGAAAAUGACACGGGAAAUAUAUCAGUUACCCAGGCAGUGCCUUCUAAUAUAAUAUUAAAUCAAAGAAAAACAAUUGUAGAAGAAGUAAUAAAAACACAUCAAGUAGAUGUAAGUGAAAAGCUUAUAAUAAACGAUGAUGAUCUUUCUAAACAGUCUUCAUUUAUUAAAGAUAAAAGGACUAUUGUAUUUGAGAAUGAUGAAAGCGAUAUAUCUAUGACUCAAACAAUCUCUACAAAGUUGCAAUCUCCAACAUUAAUAUUUGAAAAUAAAAAACCAAUUAGUUACAUAGAAAAGGAUGUCACGUCUCAAUUACAUUCAAUACCAACCAAAAUAGAAUCAACUAAUAAAAGAAGAACUAUUGUCUAUGAAAAUGAUACGGGAAAUAUAUCCGUUACACAAGCUGUACCUACAAAUAUCCUUUUAUUGAAUAUUCAGGAAACUAAAAAUAAUGAAGCCAUUGUCCAUGAUAACAAUCCACAUAAUAUAUUUAUUGUACAACAUAAUUAUAAUAAUCUUUUGUCUGAAGAGGAAAAUGAAAAAUUAAAGAAACAAAACGAGAUGUCCGAUAACGAUAAAGAGCAGCAAGAUAGUAACCAACAAGUAGUAAUUGAAGGAGAUAGUUUUAAUGCCGAUAUGUCAAUUACUACAGUAGUACCACAUAAAUUUACAGAUAAUUCGGCUACAACAUUGGAGAAAACAAAAAUAAAUGUAUUUGUCGAUGAAACUCCUAAUUUGUCAAUGACUCAAUCAGUAUCUCCAAAAUUAAUAGACAAUCAAAACGAAAUUUUAGAUCCCUCUAAGAGUAUGAAAAAUGAUGAGAAAAUGGAAAUAAAUCAUGCAAAUGUGGAUGUUUUUAUAUAUCAAGCAAUCUCACACACAGACAGUGCUCCAAAGCUACAGACAGGAACUGAAGAAGGAGAUUCAAAACUAGAGGAAUCAGCUUCUGUAAUCAAUAACUACGACAAAACUAUGUAUUCAUAUAUGAAACUAGAAAAUGCCAACGAUCAAUUAGAAGGUACAGAACCUACUAUUAAAUGUAAAGACAAAAUAGAUGAAGUAGUCACGCAAAAUAUCGCAGAUGUUCAAGUUAUGAAAACUAAAGAUAUUGAGGAAACGCAUGAAGCACCGUUGUCAUCAACAUUAUGCGUGGAAUCUCAAACACAGUCUGCUAAUGGAGUGGCACAAACUGAUGAACCUGUAACAAAGUCUAUUCUCACGGAUCUCUUAGAUAUGUCUGAUGCGUCCAUGGAAUCUAGAACUAAGGAUCAAAACUCUAUGACUGAGAAACUAUCUAUAGAUAGGGCAAUAAAAGAUGAAACAGAAAGUUCGUCAAGCGAUAUUUUCUUUAUAAUAAAAGACGAUGAACAAGGAUCUCAAACAGAUAAAAUAAUAAAUGACUGUUCAAAUCUGUCGACUGUAUCUCGGUCGGACGUUGCAAGUGUGAAGAGUCCAGAUAUAGUGAGUUCAUUUACAAGCAGUAAGAAUCAUAUGGAUGUGUGUGUGAGGGAGCAGGAUAGUGUAACGACGACAUCGAGCAAUGCUGAGACGGUGUCAAGCGACCAGAGGGAGUACCAAUCGCUGUGGCGACCGGAAGUUCCAUACGAGUCGAGCGGCGAUGUAAACGAAUGUGAUUCAAGUGUUAAUGUGGUUGCCAAGAUCAAUAUGCUGCCGUUCAUGGGGAGCCACGAGUGUGAAUGGGACGCGUCUGGUACUGACAUAUGGUCGUUCCGACUGAUGCACGGCCGACUGCGGCUGACCGUCCGCCUCGAGCAUCGUCACCACAAUUCUACCCGCACCUGGGUCAGAGCGGACACGCCCGUCAUCAGCACCUCAGUGGAGACCACAAACCAUGCAAAUGACUCGACCAACUCUGUGGCUCGGCUGUGCGUGGUAUUCGCGGCUGAAGCGAUGCGGUAUACAGCCAGCGGGGGGUGCGGCCGCGCCGGCGAGGUCCCCGCGCUGGUCCGGAGAUGUGCGGCAGCGGCGCGCGUGGCGCUCCGCUGGGGGCGAGCCAUGCACCACGCGCGGCUGCGGCUCGCCUACACACUCUCCGACGACGGCUGCCUCGCGCUCAAGGUGGCGAACAUCCCGAUGCGGUGCGUGUGGGAAGUGCGCAUGCGGCUGGAGCUGGUGGUGGACCGCGGCGGAAGGACCCCGUGGCCGCGAGCCGGCCAGCCGACCGUCAGCUGCGUGCUGUCGGGGGGGCAGCCGCCGCCCGAGCAACAGCUGCGGCGCCUGCUGCACGCGCUGGGGCCCGGCUGGGGACACGUGCCAACCGCCGUCUGGAAAAUCUUCAAAUACCUCAAACACAAAACGUCGGACGACUAUCUACUUGGAAUAUAACGACACGGCGUCUCCAUAUAAUAUAUAAAUAUAUUUAUAUAUUCAUAAGAUUCAUAUGUUCCUUAGUUGCUAUAUAAAUUUUUAUUAUGUAAUUAUGUUAUAACAAUUUUCAAUUGUAACAUUACAAUUAAAUUCUGACGGCCUCCGUGGUCUGGCGACUUAGCACAGCGGUCCCGGUGGUCCAGGUUCGAUUCAAAGUGCAAACGUUGCAUUAAUGAAUAUGAUUGUUUGUAUAAGUCUGGGUGUUUUCUAUAUAUAAUAUAUACGUUUAUAAUAAAGUAUAAUAAUAAUAAUCUCAGGACAUUUCACACAGCGAGACUAGACCCAAGUUAAGCUAGCUGAAGCUUGUGUUAUGAGUACUAGAUAACAAUAGAUACAAAUACAUAGAUAUAUACGAGAAUGUUUAUUUUUUUCGGUAAUACGUACAUAGAAAUUUACAUAGAAAACACCCAGACCGACACAAAUAAUCGUACUCAUGAAUACAAAUGUUUUUGUCGUGCGAGGAAGCGAACUCGCGAGCAUCGGAAAUAAGGCGGUGUGCUAAACCACUAGACCACCGUCAAUUUGGUUACAAUAAUCCAAUGUUGGCCUUUACUGGCACUACGCGUUUCCAUUUAGAAUUAACGUCUAUCAGUAUUGUAAAUUCUCACAUUUUCGUGUUAUCUUGUGUUUUUUCUGUCCCCACUUAUUCAAAUGUACAAAGUAGAUAAUUAAGUUAAUGUAAGUUAAAUAUUCGAUUCGAUAUUUGUGUAAUAUUGUUACAACAUUUGUAGCAUAUAUUGGCACUGUUAGCAAAUAUUGCAGUAAACAUUUGCGACUGAUUAUUUAUUUCUCCAAAAGAAAUAAAUUUCCUUUCUCUUUAUGCAUGAUUGGUGUCGUGGGCGUCACGUAAUGACGUAAUAUCCGUAUUGUUUUUCAUGUAUUGUUAUCACUUACCAUCAGGUCACCUUGG